AGCCCCACUUCUCUGCUGCAGAGCAGAAUCCCUUCACUCAGGCUGGUAGAUGGAGAAUGGAGAUUGUGGGGCUUUGUGAUUGAGACACACUUUAAUUGUGAAAGACUUGCUCCCCUGACCUAUGGCACUGAGUUCAGAGAAGCCUAACUGGGAUUACCAUGCAGAGAUACAAGCUUUUAGCCACCGAUUACAUGAAAACUUUUCAUUGGAGCUCCUCAAAACUGCAUUUGUUAAUUCUUGCUAUAUUAAAAGUGAGGAGAAAAAACGCCAAGAACUUGGGCUAGACAAAGAAGCAGCUGCCCUCAAUCUCCAGGAUAAUCACAAACUUUCUGAACAAGGGGUAAUACUUUCACGCUCUUACCUCACUCGGUGCUUUGAAGAUGCUUAUCCAAAGAUGCCCUCUGAAGGGAUACAAGCUCUCGUUGAUUAUCUCACCAGCCGGGAACUUGUGUCUUAUGUGGCCAAAAACCUAUCCAUACAAGACUUGACACUUUGUGCAGAGUUUCCUGUUCCACCUAGUGUGCUACAGCAGACUUUCUUUGCUGUAAUAGGAGCAUUAUUUGAAAGCAGUGGACCUCAGAAAACUGGGAUAUUUAUCAGGGACUUCUUAAUUCCUCAACUGAUUGGAAAAGAGCUGUUUGAAAUCUGGAAUGUUAUAAACCCAAUGGGUUUGCUAGUGGAGGAGUUGGCCAAGAGGAAUAUAGCUGCUCCAGAACCAAGACUUACAAGGCAGUCAGGAGCCAAUACAGUUCUACCACUGUACUUUGUUGGAUUAUACUGUGAUAAGAAGCUUAUAAGUGAAGGUCCUGGAGAAACCCUGUUAGCUGCAGAGGAAGAAGCUGCCCGGGUGGCAUUGCGGAAACUGUAUGGGUACACUGAGAACAGGAGACCAUGGGACUACUCCAAGCCAAGAGAGGAAUGGACAGCAGAAAAGGCUAUUAGCAGCAGUUAGGCAAUUAAGUCUAAUUCUUCUGAUUUUUCACAAAACCCAUGUUUUUCUGAUGAGUAUAGAUGUACUUCAGAAAAGCAAACUUUAGCAAUUCAGUUCUUUGGUAUAAAGGGUAUGUUUUAAAAAUUUCAGGCAUCACAAACCUUUAGUAUUCUCCAAACAUGAGUAGAUUUAUUUUACUUCUACAAAAUGUUUCAUGUAAUAAAAUAACUAAGGAAAACGUGAUAUUUCUGGAUGGUAACAAAGCAGCGAGAGAAGAAUUCUGCUGAAUUCCCACUAUUUGGCUAAGAACUUUACAGUAUGUACAAGCGCACAACUCUUAAGAAUGUAUUGCAAGCUUUGACUAUUUUUUAUUUUUGAGCAAGCUGUCUCCAUAUAGGAAAAAACAUAUGCACAGAUAUCUGGACCACUUUUAAGAGUAUUAACAACAAAUAAGCAUUGAAUUAAAAAUGUAACAUUAUCAUGAGACUUGCAUCUGAAUUAAGUUGGUCUUGAAUUGUAGUAAAAUCUGUAUGAAAUAUAACAUCCGCCUCAUUGAUAUCACCACAGAUCAGAAUAAAGAAUAUGCUCUGACAUCAGUUGCUGAUGUUGUUAAGACCUUACCAAGAGUUUGCUUGCUAAUUUGGUAAUUUACAGUUCAUUUGCCAUAAAAAUUGUUUUUUAGACCUUAAGAGUGUAUUCUUUAAUUUGAAAAAAGUGUUUGGGGGUGACAGUAAAGAACAUAAGUUUUUAUGUAACAUGAAAAAAAUCUACGGAGCAGCAUCUUUUCUCGUGGGCCUUGUGAUUGCUAAGAUGAGGGUGAUAAGAACUUGGUUCUUCAUAUUUUACUAACUUUUUGUUUAGACCAUUCAGUAGACUUUACCACUUAUUUUGAAGAGCUUAGCUGAACAGUAUUCUAGAUUUGGUUAAUACUGGAGUAUAUGAAAUCCAUCUAUUUGCCUUUGCACCACCUUUCUAAUGUUCAAAACAUUCGGCUCAAAAAGGUACUGUAAUGAUACGGUAAUAUCCUCAUUAAAUGCUAAAUAUAGUCUGGUGGUAUAGCAGGUUAUUGUUUCUAGUUCUGGAAAAUUGUGGGACAUUGAACUUUAAAACUGAACCGUUAUUACACCUAGAAAGUCAGUUCUGAUAAUUGAGGUUUCCAAAAUGUUUUUCUUUUCAUCUGAGACCGUAGGGUUUAUAGGGCCCAAUCCAGUUCCUAUUGAGGUUCAUGGGAGCUUUUCUAUUCUCUUAUAACUUGGGUAGGACCUAGGGUAUAUAGAGAUUAUAUUGGGGGAGGGAGGGAAAGGUUUCAUGAGUUUGCAUGAUGCACCCUAACUUGGGUCAAGCAAAAAAUAUCCCAAACUUGUGCUGAUAAAAGCUUAGGCCCACACCGCCCCAUUACGUAUUACUUCAUGUGUAGCUAACAUUUGCAACUUGAGCUCAAUACAUUUUCCUCCUCCUCAACUGUUAUAAUGCUGCAUUGUGUGGCUCAAUAGCUCAGCACAAACUAGAGAGGAUAUAUAAUGACAGAAAAUAGGGUUUGCAGUAAGAAAAUACAUUUUAACUUUCAACUUCCGAAAGUCUUGAGUCUCCAGUUCAGCAAAGCAGUUGAGCACAUGCUUAACACAUUUACUUCAAUGUAUGGCUUUAAUUUAAUCACAUGCUUAAGUGUUUUGCUGAAAUUGCCAUAAUAAAUAUCUGGUCUUUAAAACA